CCCACCACCCCACACACCCCAUGCCUCUCGUGGCAACCCACAGCAAAACCAGACCCACAAAAUGACAUCUCCAGUUUCAUACGAAAACCACACUUCCAAGUAAAAUCAAAGGCGAUAAGAAAGGAUCAAAUUCAGUUUGAUUAAAAGUUCGGACAAAAAAAGGAGGCUUUUUCAGUGCGGUAUUGUGGUGUUCGUCUGUGCAUUGCAAACUAAUUUUAGUUCCUACCUCGUGAGAGGAGGGGGAGAGGAGAAGCCAAGAGAGGCGUCGGUGCGCCGUGGUUUUUGCGGGGUUUUGGAGGUUUUCGGCAAUGGAGAUGGCUCUCCGGCCGCAGAGCCCUCUCUGCCCUCGGAGCCGCCCGGCUCUCGUCGUCCUGCCGGCCGCCGCCACUACCGCCGGUCUCGCGCAGUCUUUCAUGAGGACUAGCAGAUUUGCCAGAAGCAGGAUUAUUCGAUGCACAGUAUCAAGUUCAGAUUGUCCUAAUAGGAAAUCAAGGAGGACGGUAUCUCCUAAGAUAAAAGUCUCUGCUUUUAGAGGCUAUGCUCCAAGACUCACCAUUGAAUCGAGCACCAAGAAGAAAGAACACAACAACGGUGAUGAAGAAGCUGUUGGUACAUACAAUAGGCUGUUAAGUACUGAUGCAGCAGAGUGGACAGGUAAUAGAGAAGUAGAAACUGCUGAAGUGGAUUCUCCGCAAAAUGCUUCAAGCAGUUCAACAUCGGGGGAAGUGGAUGUAGUGGAAGAAGCUGGGCUGGACGUAUUUGAGAGGGAUUUGCCAGGAAAUGAAUUGAUCAAUAUAUCAAUAGGGGAAGCGUUCGUUGUGGAUGAAGCUGAGGCUGAAGAAGACAUAUAUGAGGUGGAUUUGUCAGGAAUUUCAUUGAGAAGUGUUGCAAUUGGGGAACUGGAUGCAGUGGGUGAAGCUGAGGCUGAAGAAGACAUAUUUGAGGGGGAUUUGGCAGGAAAUGCAUUGAGCAGAAUAUCAUUUGGGGAAGCAGACACAGUUGAGGAAGCUGAGACCGAAGAAGGCAAAUUUGAGGUGCGUUUGUCAGAAAUUGCAUUGAGCAGUUCUGCAGUUGGGGAACUGGAUGCAGUGGAUGUAUCUAAGGCUAAAGAAGACAUGUUUGUGGUGGAUUUGUCACGAAUUGCACCGAACUGUGUUGCAGUGGAGGAAGUGGCGGCUGUAGAUGAAGCUGAGGUGGAUUUAUCAAGAAUUGCAGCAAACAGUGCUGCAGUGGGGGAAGUGGACGCAGGAGAUGAAGCCGAGGUGGAUUUGUCAGGAAUUGCACCAAACAUUGCUGCAGCGGGGGAAGUGGAAGUGGUCGAUGAAGCUGGGGCUGAAGAGGACAUAGUUAAGGUGGAUUUGUUGGGACUUGCGUCGAGCAAUGCAACAACGGGGGAAGUGGAUUUGAUGGAUGAAGCUGGGGCUAUACAGGACACAUUUGGUGCAGAUUUGUCAGGCAAUGCUUCAAGCAAUGGAACAUACAGGGAAAUGGAUGCUCUGGGUGAAACCUGGGCUGAAGAAGUCACACAUAAGAUGGAUAUGUCAGGAACUGCUUCAAGCAGUGCAAGACUGGGGGAAGUGAAUGUGGUGGCUGAUGCUACGGUUGAAAAAGACACAUUUGAGAUGGAUUUGUUAAGCAGUGCAUCAGGCACUGCAAAAUAUAUAGCACUGGAGUCUGCAGAAGAAACCUUUGCUAAAGAAGAGAAUGAUCAGCGACAAUAUCCAGCACUGUCUUUAACAUCCAUGGAGGACAUGGCCAUUGUUGAGACACCUGAAAGUUUAAAGCCUGAAUCUGCGCCACUUAUCAGGAUCCAGGAACAGGACAAAUUGAUUUUUAGUGUUCACAAGGAAGAAGGAUCAAUUGUUGAUUUCCUUGAAGAAGAUCAACCCUUGGUAGAUUUCUAUAGGCAAGAGAAAAAUGUUACUACAGAUGAUAAACAUAAUCAAUCAAUUAUUGGAUUCCCUAAACAAGAGCUAUCUAUUGCUCAUUUCCCUGAGAAAAACCAUUCCAUUGUUGGCCCCACUAAGCAGGACCAAUUAGUUGUUAGUUUCUCUGAGCAAAACCAAGCAGUUGUUGGUACUUAUAAACAAGAAUACUCAAUUGUUGGUUCCAAUAAACAGGCGCAAUCAAUUGUUGGUUUUCAUAGUCAAGAGAAAUCAAUUGUUGGUGUACCUGAACAAAUCCAAUCCAUUGCUGCUUCGAGUAAGCCAAACCAAUCAAUUGUUGGUUUCUGCAAACAGCACCAAUCAAUUGUUCGUUUCCCUGAACAAACACAAUCCAUAGUUGGCUUCCAUAAACAAGAUCUAUCAAUUGUUGGUAUCUCCAAAGAGUCUCAAACAAAGGAACUGGCAAUUGUUGGGACUCACGAUGCAUUGCAUGCGAAGGGAGUGGAAGCUAAGGUUGGAGAUUACACAUCUCAGAAGACCAAUGGGGAUCUGUUUCACGUAAAGUUUGAUGUUGGCAACUUGUUGCAGAAACAUGAGGGAGAUAUCACUGAAGAAGCAGUGGAGAUGAGAAUUAGUAACAAAGUUGAUGAGGGACAUCUUGUGAUGAUUGAAGAGCAGAAGAGCAUAUGCAUCGAUGAAGAGCAGUGGAUUGUUACUGAGGAAGGCAUUUCAGUGACUGAGGCUGAGAUGGAAAUGGGUGAGGACGAAUUUCCUAUGCUUUCUGAAGAAGAGAGUUCAUGGGCUGAAGAUGGAAUGGGGAUAAUUGAGGAUGAAGAACAGUAUGAAGUUGAUGAGUCCUCCAUGUCUGCUGAACAAGAUAUUGAGGAGACACCGCAGUAUGAUGUGGAUCCACAAGCACUACAGAGGAUGCUUCAAGAACUUGCCGAAAAAAAUUAUUCGUUGGGAAACAAGCUUUUUGUUUUUCCAGAGGUAGUGAAAGCUGAUUCAACUAUUGAUCUAUUUUUAAAUCGUGAUCUAUCAGCUUUGGCCAAUGAGCCUGACGUACUCAUCAAAGGAGCAUUCAAUGGGUGGAGAUGGAAGCUUUUUACUGAAAGAUUGCAUAAGAGCGAACUGGGAGGGGCCUGGUGGUGCUGCAAACUGUACAUUCCCAAGCAGGCGUACAGAUUAGACUUUGUGUUCUUUAACGGCCACUCUGUCUAUGAAAAUAAUGACAAUAAAGAUUUUGUGAUACAAAUAGAAAGCACCAUGGAUGAAAAUUUGUUUCAGGAUUUCUUGGUAGAAGAAAAGCAAAGAGAACUCGAGAGACUUGCCACUGAAGAAGCUGAAAGGAGGAGACAGGCAGAAGAGCAGUGGCGAAGGGAGGAAGAAAGGGCUGCAGAUGAAGCUGACAAGGCACAAGCAAAGGCUGAGGUAGAGAUGAAGAAGAAUAAAUUGCAAAAUGUAUUGGAUUUAGCUGGAACAUAUGUUGAUAAUUUGUGGUACAUAGAGCCUAGCACUAAUAGACGAGGGGCUACUGUCAGAUUGUAUUACAAUAGAAACUCGAGGCCACUUGUGCAUAGUACUGAGAUUUGGAUGCAUGGUGGUUUCAACAAUUGGACUGAUGGACUCUCUUUUGCUGAAAGACUUGUUCAGCCUGAUGACGAAGAUGGUGAUUGGUGGUAUGCAGAUGUUAACUUACCUGAAAGAGCAUUUGUGUUGGACUGGGUUUUUGCUGAUGGGCCACCAGGGAAUGCAAUAAAUUAUGACAACAAUGGCAGACAUGAUUUUCACGCUAUUCUUCCGAACAUCAUGACCGAGCAAGAAUAUUGGGCGGAAGAGGAACAGGGGAUCUAUGCAAGGCUUCUACAAGAGAGGAAAGAAAGGGAGGAGGCUAUUAAAAGAAAGGCUGAGAGAAGUGAAAAAAUGAAAGCUGAGAUGAAGGCAAAGACCAUGAGAAUGUUUCUGGUUUCCCAGAAACACAUUGUUUAUACUGAACCACUUGAAGUACGUGCUGGAACCACUGUCGAUGUGCUCUACAAUCCUUCUAAUACAGUGCUAACCGGAAAGCCAGAGGUUUGGUUCAGAUGGUCCUUUAACAGUUGGAUGCAUCCAGGUGGUGUGUUGCCACCCCAGAAGAUGGUAAAAGUAGAAGAUGGUUCACACUUAAAAGCAACAGUCAACGUUCCACCGGAUGCCUACACAAUGGACUUUGUUUUCUCGGAGUUGGAAGAAGGUGGAAUUUAUGACAACAGGAAUGGGUUGGACUAUCAUAUUCCUGUUUUUGGUUCAAUUGCAAAGGAACCUCCUAUGCAUAUUGUCCACAUUGCUGUCGAGAUGGCUCCCAUUGCAAAGGUUGGAGGUCUUGGUGAUGUUGUUACAAGUCUUUCACGUGCUGUUCAAGAUUUAGGACAUAAUGUUGAGGUCAUUAUUCCAAAGCACGACUGUUUGAAUCUAAGAAAUGUGAAAAAUUUACAUAUGCAUCGAAGUUUUUCUUGGGGUGGUACUGAAAUAAAAGUAUGGUGUGGACUAGUCGAAGAUCUCUCUGUUUACUUCUUGGAACCUCAAAAUGGGAUGUUUGGGGUCGGAUGUGUAUAUGGAAGGAAUGAUGACCGUAGAUUUGGCUUCUUCUGUCAUUCUGCUCUAGAGUUUCUCCACCAGAGUGGAUCUUCUCCACAUAUAAUACAUUGCCAUGAUUGGUCAAGUUCUCCGGUUGCCUGGCUAUACAAGGAACACUAUGCACAAUCCAAUUUGGCAAAUGCACAGGUUGUAUUUACCAUCCAUAAUCUUGAAUUUGGAGCACACUAUAUUGGCAAAGCAAUGAGAUAUUGUGAUAAAGCCACAACUGUCUCUAAUACGUAUUCAAGGGAAGUAUCAGGUCAUGGCACCAUUGCUCCUCAUCUCGGAAAAUUCCAUGGCAUUCUCAAUGGAAUUGAUCCAGAUAUCUGGAAUCCAUACUCUGACAACUUUAUCCCGGUUCAUUAUACUUCUGAGAAUGUUGUUGAAGGCAAGAGCGCUGCAAAGAAGGCAUUGCAGCAGAAGCUUGGAUUGCAGCAAAAUGAUGUGCCAAUUGUUGGAAUCGUCACUCGCCUGACAGCCCAGAAGGGAAUUCAUCUCAUCAAGCACGCGAUUCAUCGAACACUGGAAUGGAAUGGACAGGUGGUUUUGCUUGGUUCGGCUCCAGAUUCUCGAAUCCAAAGUGAUUUUUGCAACUUGGCUAAUACCCUCCAUGGUGUAAACCAUGGGCGGGUGAGGCUGUGUUUGACUUACGAUGAGCCUCUUUCGCACCUGAUAUACUCAGGCUCAGACUUCAUCCUCGUACCAUCUAUCUUUGAACCCUGUGGCUUAACUCAGCUCGUCGCCAUGCGGUACGGAUCCAUCCCCAUUGUCCGGAAAACUGGAGGGCUCUGCGAUACCGUCUUUGACGUCGACCAUGACAAGGACCGGGCACGGGCCAGAGGCCUUGAGCCGAACGGGUUCAGCUUCGAUGGAGCUGACACCAACGGCGUUGACUACGCCCUGAACAGGGCGAUCUCUGCUUGGUUCGACGCCCGGGGCUGGUUCCAAUCCCUCUGCAAGAGGGUCAUGGAGCAGGAUUGGUCAUGGAACCGGCCUGCCCUGGACUACAUCGAGCUCUACCGUUCAGCUUGCAAAUUCUGAAAACCGAACCAAUGCGACCGCAGUGUUUGGAUGCAGUGUUCAGGUUUGCAGGUUCCUGGGCAUUGCUGUACAGUCAGCCCCCUUUCCUUCAGUUAGUUUCUUUCUGCAAAGGGCUAUAGGAAAACAGAGACUUCCCUGCAUAUCGAUAUGCAGUGAUGCAGUGCACAUGUGUUAGAAAUGUCCUAGGUGAAAGUGUUUUGAACUUGAGCUAUAUAUUGUUUGUUUCAGAAUAAAAGUUGUUCCAGCA